GCAAUCGAUAUCAAACGCGUCGGUUGACCCGAUUGAGGUCCGUCUUUCAAGAGUCCGACGUUACCAUUCCUGGUAACCCGGCGCUUGGCGGGCGAGAAAGAGGCGAAGAAAAUCCGUCAAAAUGAAAGCCGUAGUUCAGCGAGUCGCCUCUGCCAGCGUUGAGCCCUUGCAGGUGGAGGGUCGUAUCGUGUCGGAGAUCGGACCGGGCCUCCUCGUCCUUGUUGGACUUCACGACUCGGACAUUGAAUCCGAUGCUGACUACAUUUGUCGAAAAGUGUUGAACAUGAGAUUGUUCCCAAAUGAGAAAACUGGAAAAAAUUGGGACCAAAAUGUAAUGCAGAGGAAUUAUAGUGUUCUACUAGUGAGUCAGUUUACAUUGUAUGGGAUUUUGAAGGGUAACAAGCCAGAUUUUCAUGUGGCAAUGUCACCAGACAGAGCAAAGCCCUUUUAUGCUUCUUUAGUUGAUAAGUUCCGGACAUCCUACAACCCUAAUGCAGUAAAAGAUGGUAUAUUUGGAGCAAUGAUGAAGGUCAAUUUGGUUAAUGAUGGUCCAGUCACAAUGCAGCUUGACUCAUCCCAACCCACCAACUCCAAGUGAGUGCAUGCCGGACACAAUGAUCUUUACCAAUGGACUGCAAAUGGUGCUGUUGAAUAAGCAUAAAUUGGUUGGAGUCCCUCAAGUAGAAGGGCAUUUCAAGUGCCCAUAUUGAUUUCAAGACCUCUUUGAGAUUGCUUUAUGAGUUUACUUAAAUCUAUCUAGUCUUGAUGCUCAGUGUCUUUCUUUCCUUUCGAACUCCCUUUCCCUUUGCUAAGAUGGAUUUUCCAAGCAAGAUGGAGUCGACUAACAAGUGCUUAAUUGACAUUUCCGUUACUUGGAUCUUGUGGUCUUUAGCAAAUUAUGAUGUUGAAACUACAAACGGGUCAUUAGCCCGUGAUAAUCAUGAAUAAACA